GCAGAGGGGUGGCUCACGUGUCAACGGAAGAAGAUGCUUUUGUUUUUCCUUGGGAAAAAAGUCGAGGAACAAUGUUUGGAAAGGCGAUUUUUCAGUUCUAUCAUAUAUUUUCUUCAAAUGCAAAGUCCUAAUCUAAUAUAGGCCAUGAACUCUUUUGGGAUAUCUGAGCCACAUUUCCACAUCUUGAAGCUUGUUUGACGCUCCGUUUGGGAAUUCUUGAAGCUGCAGAGAUUGUAAGGCGGAAGAAGGGAAUUUCGAAGGGAGCAAAGUGAUGGCUCCGGAUUGAUUUUAUGCUUUUCAGCUUAAUUCGGAUUUAUAUGAAAUCAGAUGUAUAUUCUAAAUCACAGAUUAAUCUCUGUGUCUCAUUGAUGCCAUAAUUUGGAUUGAUCAUUUGUGAUCAAGAAACUCAAAAUGGCGGAGGCCUGGCCCAUCCCCCAGGCCCUGUUCCUACUCAUAGUGAGUGUCGUGGGCCUGGACACUUGCCCUUCUCCCUGUACGUGUUCUGAUGGUCCAGGUGCAGCUCAACUGCUGGAUUGCAAUAGGAAAAGACUGACUUCUGCGGCUCUGGAAGCUCCAGCCUGGAUCACCCAUGCGUCUAUGAAUCAUAACGAACUUACAGCGGUGCCUUUUCUUGGAGAUGCCUCGUCCAACAUUACUGUGCUGUCACUUGUUCAUAACCGAAUCUCUGAAGUUAUGGCAGAGCAGCUGUUGCCAUAUUCAUCUCUGGAAAGUCUGGACUUGAGCUCUAAUUCUAUAUCUGAGCUUAAGGCUGGAUCUUUCCCUCCCAUGCAGCUGAAAUACCUCAACCUGAGCAAAAACAAGAUAAGUUCCUUAGAGCCUGGCUGUUUUGGAAACAUCAGCUCCCUUCUGGUGUUGAAGAUAAACCAGAACAGACUCUCUCUGCUGCCUGAUAAAGUCUUCACCCUGUCUCAGCUCCAAGUCUUAGAGUUAAGGCGCAACAGGAUCCGUGUGGUGGAAAGUCUUAUUUUUAAAGAACUGAAGGCUCUUAAAUCGUUGAAGAUGCAGCGUAACGGCAUCACAAAGCUGAUGGAUGGAGCUCUCUUUGGUUUGGAAAACAUGGAGGAGCUAGAGUUGGAGUAUAAUAAUUUGACGGAGCUGAAUAAGGGCUGGCUGUAUGGACUGCACAUGCUAAGGAUUCUGCGGGUCAAUCAGAACAAUAUCGGACUCAUCCGAGCCGAUGCCUGGGAGUUUUGCCAUCGCUUGGAAGAAUUGGAUUUGUCUUUCAAUCACUUGAGUCGUCUGGAGGACUGGGUGUUUGCUGGUCUCAGUCUCUUGCAGAAUCUCAACUUGGGUGACAAUCAAAUCACACACCUGGGGGAAGGAGUGUUCAGCAGCCUGACUAACGCCCGUACAUUGGACAUCCGUAAUAACGAGAUAUCCCUCGCCAUUGAGGACUUCAUUGGCAUGUUUGUGGGCUUGAAGAGGCUGAACUCACUAGUUUUACAGAAUAAUAAAAUCAGGACCAUCACUAAGAAAGCAUUCGAGGGUCUGAUGGAGCUGGAGCAUUUGGACCUGAGUAAGAAUGGCAUCAUGUCUAUUCAUCCUGACGCUUUCACUCAUUUAAAACUUAAAACACUUGAUUUGAACACCAGCAGUCUCCUGUGUGACUGUCAGCUGCAGUGGUUGGGCCAGUGGUUGAAUGACAGCCACUUCCAGCAAUCCUGCACCGCCAUCUGCGCUCAUCCCGCAUCCCUGGCAGGAUCUAGUGUGCUUGUUGUUAAACCGGAGGAGUUUGUCUGCAAUGACUUCCCUAAACCCCAGAUCAGCGCUCACCCCAAGACCGUUGUGGCCUUACGCGGGACCAACAUCACUCUGAACUGCUCUGCGUUCAGCAGCAGCGACUCUCCCAUGAGCACCGCCUGGCGCAAAGACGGAGAGGUGCUGUAUGAAGCUCAGGUGCAGAACUACGCUCGGUACCAGGAUCAGCUCCUUCUCUACACCACCGUACUCCACCUGCUCAACGUCAAUUUCACCGACGAGGGCCAGUACCAGUGUGUGGUCUCAAACCAUUUUGGCUCCAACUACUCCACUGUGGCCAAGCUCACUGUUAAUGAGCUCCCCACCUUCCUGAAGACACCCAUGGAUCUGACCAUCCGCACCGGUACGGUCGCUAGGUUGGAGUGUGCUGCAGAGGGACACCCGACACCCCAGAUCGCAUGGCAAAAAGAUGGCGGUAUCAAUUUCCCUGCUGCCCGUGAAAGAAGGAUGCAUGUCAUGCCAGACGAUGACACUUUUUUCAUUGCUAAUGUAAAGGCGGAGGAUAUGGGCGUCUAUAGCUGCACGGCCAAAAACGAGGCGGGCAGCCUGUCGGCCAAUGCCACUCUUACUGUGCUAGAAACCCCAUCCUUUCAGCGCCCUCUAGAGGACCGUAAUGUUGCCCGAGGUGAGACUGCUGUCCUCCAGUGCAUAGCUCGUGGUAGCCCCACCCCCCGCCUCAACUGGACCAAAGACGACGCCCCGUUAAUACUGACAGAACGUCACUUCUUCGCCGCAGCCAAUCAGCUCCUCAUAAUCGUUGAUGCUGGUCCUGCUGAUGCAGGGAAAUACACAUGUAUUAUGUCCAACACGCUGGGCACAGAGCGCGGUCAUAUCUACCUCAGCGUCUUGCCCUCGGCCAACUGUGACCCGGUGACCAGCGUAUACGGUCAGGAUGGAUGGACAACGGUUGGCAUUGUUGUGAUGGUGGUCGUUUGCUGUGUUGUUGGCACCUCGCUUGUGUGGGUCAUCGUCAUUUACCACAUGAGGAGAAAAAGUGAAGACUACAGCAUAACAAAUACAGAUGAGAUGAACCUACCAGCAGACAUUCCCAGUUACCUCUCGUCUCAGGGUACGCUGUCAGAGCCUCAGGAGGGAUACAGUAACUCAGAGAACGGAAGCCACCAGCAGCUCAUGCCCUCUCAUGCUAACGGUUAUGUCCACAAAGGCACUGAUGGAGUAUGUUACGGUGAAGUGAGCAGUGAUGUUGAUCCAGACGCUAAUGGAAUGCUGGGUAGUCAUGUGGGCUCUUUCUUUGCUGGAAGUAGCAGCUUCCACCGGAGUGAACCCAGAGAGGGACAGGCAAAUGUCCCCAAUGGGGGAGCUGGCCCUCUAGUCAUCUGCUCAGACUGCUACGACAACGCCAAUAUCUACUCGCGCACGCGUGAGUACUGUCCAUACGCCUACCUGACAGAGGACGACCCACUUGUGGCUCAGAUCUCUCGGGACGGACACCAGAGCGGCCAUCAAGAGCGGGAUAAGCACACCGAGCACACGGACACAGCACUGGAGAGUUUUAUAAGUCAGCAGAACGCCUCUGUGUUCCUCACUGACCAUGAACCACGACUACCGGCGUCACAGCGCUAUAGCACUGAUGUCCCGGGCAGGUCAUUUUGGGAUGGGGAGGAAUCCAACUCUUCCAUCCUUGCCCAGGCCUCAGUAACUGUACAUAAGCCCCCGAUGGGUGUGUCCACAGGGGACAGCCGAGAGGAGAGGAGGGGGGCACUGGAGGAAGGCUCAUACAGGACUAACUCACAGGAAAGCGCCUCUGCGCCCACAUAAACCCCAGUCAGCCCUGUCUUCCCCAAACAUCACCACCUUGUCUUUCGCCUCCCAGUGCCCUCAGCCCACUACCUCCUUUGAGAAGCCUCAUUAUCUGCCAAAUGAAACGCCUCUCUCUUCAAUGUUUACACUGCCUCUCCUGUCCCUCCCCUCCAUGUUCCUUUGUUAGCCCACUUGGAUGUGCAUUUUGUGGAAAACUCUUUGAAACAGGAGAGAGAAGUCCUGCUUUCACGAUUCCUCAAUUUACCAGUCUGGUUUGAGCCCUGAAUGUAACAUUUCCAAGAGCUCCGCUAGUCCUACCAUAACCUGUGACGUACAAAUUAUGCCAUAUUAGGUUUUCCUACCUACUUAAGAGCGUUGAGCCUUUUUGCGUAUGCCAAAGCUUGACCCAGACUCACCUAUAACUUGCUUUUGCUCUGGUACAGAACCUGUACGAACAGUGACUGUGAAGAUUGGACUGCCAAAAUAG